UUGUUUCUUCUUCCCGAUUCCAAAUUUACGGUAUUGGUGAAUUUAGUUGAUUCUGGCUAAUUCUGAACCGAUCCAAUCUGAUUCAGAUCAGAAUGGAUGCCGGUCCCAUUUCUGAUUUGGGGUUCUUACACCUUUCUAGUGAUUCUUAAUCGAGGUCCAUAGCUUUGGCCGUGGGCUUUAGUCUGUUCUACAAAGACACUACAAAGAAUUGUGUGGCGGCGAAGGUGGUGCUACGGACACGUUUGACAAGCUUCCAUCUCAGUCCGUGCCAGGCUGCCUCCUGGUUCACAAGGCCUUUUACACUGCAGUCCUGAUGACUGAUUCUUCUUCACAUACAGUUUUCCACUGGAAUCGAGAUUGCAGAAUGGACACAAAACGCCCCCCUCCUGACCCAAUUGCAGUGCUGAGAGGUCAUCGAGCUUCUGUUAUGGAUGUUUGCUUCCAUUCUUCUAAGCCUAUGUUAUUUACUGGUGCUACCGACGGUGAGUUGCGGAUUUGGGAUACAGUUCAACACAGGACAGUCUCUUCUUCAUGGGUACACAGUGCUGCACAUGGAAUCAUCGGUGUUGCUACAAGUCCUUUGAUUGGAGACAAUAAAGUUGUUAGCCAGGGUAGGGAUGGGACUGUUAAAUGUUGGGAUAUUGAAGACGGAGGCCUUUCCAGGACACCAUCGCUUAUCAUCAAAACAAGCUCUUAUCAUUUCUGCAAACUAUCCUUAGUGAAGAAGCCUUUUACUUGUUUGGUGCAAACUGAAGAUGCUUCUGUUGAGAAAUCAGGCUUUACAACAGGAGAACCUAAGAAUUUAUGUGAUAUUGAGGCUAGGGAAACCAUUAAUGCAGCAAUGCUAGAUGGAGUUGAUGGAGGAAAGAUCCAUGGAGAUUCUGUUUCUCCUGAAGGACCGAAAUAUGUGGCUAUAGCAGGGGAACAGUCUUCUGAGGUUGAGAUUUGGGAUCUCAAUACCGCAGAAAGGUUAACACGCUUGCCUCAGAUCUGUAAUGGAAGCUCCCCAAGUCAUUCAACAAAGGCAAGAGGAAUGUGCAUGGCUGUUCAAGCAUUUUUACCACCAAAGCUGCAGGGAUUCCUAAAUGUUUUGGCCGGUUAUGAAGAUGGGAGCAUGCUUUGGUGGGAUCUGAGGAAUCCUGGGGUUCCGGUAACUUCUGUGAAAUUUCAUUCAGAGCCUGUUCUAACCCUGAGUGUUGAUGAGCCAUGCACUGGUGGGAUAUCUGGAGCUGCGGAUGACAAAAUUGUGCUUUUUACACUAGAUCAUCAAACGGGUUGUUGUCUGGUCAAGAAAGAAAUCAGUUUGCAACAUCCUGGCAUAGCAGCCACUUCCAUUCGAACAGAUAACAAAAUUGCUGCAACUGCUGGCUGGGAUCACAGGCUAAGAAUAUACAAUUAUCGUAAAGGAAGUCCUUUAGCCAUCUUAAAGUAUCACAGUGCCACGUGUAAUGCUGUAUCAUUCUCCACUGAUUGCAAGCUUAUGGCCUCCUCUUCAGAAGACACCACAGUGGCACUGUGGGAACUCUACCCUCCUCGAACUUAGAUGGGUUUCGUGUCUUGCAAUGAUAUUAUUCUGACCUGCAUCGCUUUUGUCAAGGUUUCAGCUUUAAGUGAUGAAACAUGGAUCCUGCACUUGAAUGCUCAUCCUCAUGUGGUAUGUUUGAGAACAGAGAACUAGAGACAAAGAUUACGCGUUAGGGAAGUUGGGUCCCAACACUUGGCCGUAUCUCGUGUUGUUGGGAUUUGCGAUGGUGAAACACUGAAUUAAAGGGCCUCCUUGACAGACUCAGUUCAAUUUCUCUUUGGUAAU